AUGGAAAGAGAGCAGGAGCUGUUGUCCACUGAAAUUGUGAACAAAGGGAUAGAGAAUUCUGGUCCAUAUGCUGGAUCUUUGAAUUUCUCCGUCAGGGUUCGACGAGGAUUGCCGGAUUUCCUCAACUCAGUUAACUUGAAAUAUGUCAAGCUAGGAUAUUCUUAUCUUCUUAGCCCUGUCUUCUAUUUCCUAACAGCACCGGUUUUUGUAGUGAUCUUCAGUGCUCAGAUGGGAAAACUCUUCAUCUGGCAAGAUUUCUGUCCAAAAUGUGACCCCAUGGAUGCACUUUUUGUUAUUUCCAAGGAUGAAUUCGUUGAGCUGGCGAAGAAAUCAGGCAAAUUUAAUGAUGCUGCAAUCGAAUUUCAGCACCGAGCUCUCAAGAAUUCUGGCAUUGGAGAUGAGACCUACAUGCCCAGAGUAGUUUUUCAACCUGGGCACAAGAUAACACUAAAGGAUGGCCGUGAAGAGGCAGCAAUGGUCAUGUUUGGAGCGGUAGAUGACCUUCUUGCUGCCACAAAAAUUAGGCCUAAGGACAUAAAAAUUCUUAUCGUCAACUGUGGGAUCCUAAAUACUACCCCAUCACUCUCGUCAAUGGUAAUAAAUCACUACAAGCUUAGUCAUAGUAUUCAAAGCUUCAAUAUCGGUGGCAUGGGAUGUGCUGCUGGCAUUAUCGCUAUUGAUCUAGCUAAAGACCUUUUGAAUGCAUAUCCUGGGUCCUAUGCACUAGUAGUGAGUACAGAAGUGGUGAGCCAUACAUGGUACGGUGGCAGUAAUACCGACAUGCUCCUCCCUAAUUGUUUCUUCAGAAUGGGCGCAGCAGCCAUGCUCCUAUCCAGUCGCCGCCUUGAUCGAUGGCGCUCUAAGUAUGAACUGAAGCAGCUGGUUCGAACUCACAAAGGCAUGGACAACAGAAGCUUCAAAAGCAUACGUCUCAACGAAGAUGCAGAAGGGAAGCAAGGUCUGUUGGUUAGCAAGGAUCUGGUCGAGGUGGGAGGCCAUGCACUCAAGGCCAACAUCACCACUCUAGGCCCUUUAGUCCUCCCUGUAUCUGAACAAGUUCAUUUUUUCACUAAUUUGCUCUUCAAGAAAAAAACCAGACCUUACAUUCCAGACUACAAGCUUGCUUUUGAGCAUGUGUGCAUCUUGGCAACUAGCAAAAAGGUGCUAGAUGAAUUGCAGAAGAACCUGGAGCUUACAGAGGAAUACAUGGAGGCAUCAAAGAAAACUUUGGAGCGAUUUGGGAACACUUCGAGUAGUAGCGUCUGGUAUGAACUCGCUUACCUGGAGGCAAACGCGAGGAUCAAAAGAGGCGAUAGGAUCUGGCAACUUGCUUUUGGUUCAGGGUUCAAGUGCAACAGUGUUGUUUGGAAGGCACUUUGGAGUUUUGGGAAGCCUAAGCGGAGUCCUUGGAUUCAGGAUUCUAACUAG